AUGGAACUGAAGAAAUCUUCGUCAAAGCAAGAGGAGGUCGAAGAAAUUAGAACCAUUGAAAAACCCAUUGAUGACUCUUUUUUAAUCACAUGGGAGUCUCCAACUGAUCCUAAAAAUCCGAAAAACUGGCCCUAUGCUAGAAGAUGGGUGCAACUCGUAAUUGUUUCUGUUUUUGCGUUAUUGGGACCCAUGGCUUCUUCUAUGGUAGCUCCCUGCCUCGAUCAGAUUGCUGAACGCUUUCACAUCGAAAACUCAACAGAAAAAGCACUUGUACUUAGUAUAUACUUGCUGGUUUUUGCAAUUUCACCCAUGAUAAGUGCUCCCUUAUCCGAAAUCUUUGGCCGUCGAAUCUUAUUACAAGCAGGAAACGUCAUUUUUAUUGUUUUCAACAUGGCUUGCGGGCUGGCAAGGACCAAAGCUCAAAUGUACAUUUUUCGGUUUUUGGCCGGUUUUGGCAGUGCAACGCCAAUGGGUUUAGGAAGUGGGACAAUUAGUGAUCUUUUCACUCCAGAAGAAAGAGGACGAGCUGUCGCAGUCAUGUCCUUGGCUCCUUUGUUGGGUCCCACCAUUGGACCAGUGAUUAGUGGAUUUAUUGCUGAAUAUACAACUUAUAAAUGGAUAUUUUGGUCAACUACCAUUUUCAGUGGGUUUGUAUUUGCUCUUUCCAUACCAUUUCUUACGGAAACAUAUCCCAAAACCUUGUUGGGACGGAAAGCAAGAAAACUCAACAAAAUAGAAAAAACUCUGAAGUAUCAUACAGAAUGGCGGCUGGAGCAUAUCCCUCAACGUAAGCUUGUUGCCCCCGCCUUAAUGCGACCAUUAAAGAUGCUGACAACACAGCCUGUGGUAAUUUUAUGUGCCGGAUAUAUGGCUAUACAAUAUGGUAUUCUUUACCUAGUAUUGACAACGUAUCCUGUUUUGUGGACGCAUGAUUAUAACGAGCGUCCCUCCAUAGCUGGUUUGCAUUACAUAGCUCCUGGUCUUGGUUUAAUUUUGGGUAGUCAAGCAUCUGGGAUUUUUAUUGACAAAACGUUUCGUUUCCUGAAGAAGAGAAACAAUGGAAAAAUGGCACCAGAAUUUCGCGUCCCAGUUAUCCUAUUAGGUACGAUGUUUUUCCCGACUGGCUUAUUUGUUUAUGGAUGGACUGCCAAAUACCAUACCCAUUGGAUUGGUCCUGAUAUCGGUGCCGCAAUGUUUAAUGUUGGUCUUAUGCUGGGUUGGCGUGGCAUUCAAACUUAUUUAAUUGAUACCUUUAUAAUAUAUGCUGCAUCAUCAACUGCAGUUGCUUGUUGCAUUCGCUCUCUUGCAGCGUUCGGGUUUCCAUUAUUUGGACAAACGCUUUACGAUCAUUUAGGCUACGGAUGGGGAAAUUCACUUUUAGCUUUUAUCGUUUUGGGUUCUUCCAUAAUCACCUGUUCUAUCCUUUGGUUUGGAGGAAAACGACUUCGAGCAAUGUCAGACAUGGUUAUCUUCAAGGAUGAAUAA